AUGUUGGGGUCACACCUGACAUGGACAAGAGCAUUGGCCCUGCUUCUGAUCAUCACCAACAUCAAGAACCUUCCCCUAAUUUGGCACGUCCGUCUGUUGUACCACUUCUUAAUCCAACUUCGCUGGAAACCCAGUGAUCCCUACUUUCCAAAAGGGCAUGCGCUCCUGGACGCGCAAGGAAAACCCACCCACCCAGUCUUUGUGUCAUACAAGAUCACAUCACGGACUCCAUUGCUGGAGACGGAUUACAAUUUGCACAAAUCCAACAGCACCUACUUCUCUGAUCUAGACGUUUCGCGAACAGCACUGGUCACGCGUCUGUAUAGCCCCGGUGUUGGUCUCGUCAGCAAGGAGCUCGAUCAAGAAUUUCUGGAGGCCAGCAAGAAAGAGGGCAAGCGUGCGCCGAAGCGCAAGCCCAUCAUGAUCGUCCUCGGGUCUGUAUAUUGCAGCUUCAAGCGCGAGAUCAAGCCUUUCGAGCGUUAUGAAGUUCAUUCCAAGGUCAUCUCGUGGGACAAGAAAUGGCUGUAUAUUCUCUCGUCUUUCAUGCGUCCAGCCAGCCGACGAGGUGGCGAGAGAACUCUGUUGGCCACGGCACUCAGCAAGUACGUCGUCAAGAAGGGUCGUUUGACGGUCGCACCAGCGCGCAUUCUGUGCUUGAGCGGUUUCCUGCCGGCAAUGCCCAUCGGGGAUUCGACAACCCAGGCGAAUGACGAAUCUCCAGCCGAGAAUUCUGCAGUUGAUACGCCUGCGAGCAAUGAAGGAAUCACUGCUGCGGAGGGCAUUGAUGGCUCCCUCGCCCGUGAGAUCCUCAAGUUGACUGAUGAGACGAUCCCCGGCCGAGAAGCUCUUGAAGAUCAGAAAGCUGCAAACGCAAAGUCAUGGGAUUCGGAUGAGUGGACUGGGAAGCGCAUUGAGCAGGAGAGGUUACGUGGACUAGGCGUGGUGGACGGAUACGUCAAUCUCGAUGCUCAGCUACAUGCGGAAUGGGCCUAA